AUGGCCGAAGAACAUCAUAUCGAGAACUUUGACCCUACUUCUUUCUUCGUCCUCCACGACUUCAACUCGGACGGCCAUUGGGAUGCCCGCGAAGUUCGCCUCUUCUACGGCUUUGACUCUGACCCCAGCCCCGGUUUCGAAACCACCGAGGAGCACAAGGAGCACGCUAUUCGCGACGUGUUUGCCCUUUUCGACCCAGACGAGACGGGUACGAUUUCCAAAGAGCAAUGGAUGAAGCACUACUCUGAAGGGAGGCGGUUACCAGACUUCGGACUGGGCCCGGGACAUCAUGGUGAUGACGAGUAUGAGUACGAGAUUCACCACUUUGAGAAGUUUCAUGGAGAGGAUACAAAGGAAGAAGAUCUGACACAUCCGGAGGAUAUUGCGCACUUUAAGAAACAUGAUCGGUUGGAGGAUGAGCAGGAGAAGUUGGCGGCAUUGGAGAAGAUGAGUAUUGUGGAGGGGAACAUUCCCUUGAAAUUUAGGAAACAGCAGUGA